ACUCACUCAGCAUGUAGAGGAGGCGGACCGCAGGGAGACACCUGGACCACCGCGGACACGCCGAGCCAAAACACGGUAUCGAUCAGCUGACAUCGAUCAGCUAUCAUUGAAGCAUGGGGAACCUGAUCAAGGUGUUAACCAGAGACAUCGACCACAAUGGAGGAAACUUCUUCCUGGACUUUGAGAACGCUCAGCCCUCGCAGUCGGAGACGGCGGUGUGGGAGGAAGUGAACCAGGUGCUGACGGAGUCUCGGGUCGUCCUGGAAGACCUGCAGUCGUACAGAGGAGCAGGAGAGGAAAUACGACAGGCCAUCCAGAGUCCUGGUGUGGAGGGGGUCCAGGAGAAGGCCUGGUCAGCUGUGGUUCCUCUGGUGGCGAAACUCAAAACCUUCUACGAGUUCUCCCAGAAGCUCGAGUCCAGUCUGCGAUGUCUCCUGGACGUCCUCACCAGCUCCGCUUCGACUCCCACUCAGCAUCUGGAGCAGAAACAGGCUCUGGCUCGUCAGUUCGCCCACAUCAUGCACUUCACGCUGCGCUUCGACGAGCUCAAG